AUGGCGGCAACAGAAAUUCAACACUAUCCGGUGUCAGAUUCAGAUAACGAUUCCGAUAACGGGAAAGAUGAACUCCGGCACACGGAUCUCGAAGAAACAAUCUUCAAAUCAUAUCUCCAAUUAAACACAACAAAUUCAUCAUCGUCUCAACCAGAUCUCUCGAAGAUCAAAUCAUUUCUGAAUUCAUCUCGAUCAGGUGCAUUAUCCUGUAUGAUCUGUCUAGAACGAAUCCGGCUCACCGAUCCAACCUGGUCAUGUUACAAAGAAUGUUACGCCGUGUUCCAUCUCAUCUGUAUUCAGAGUUGGGCGCGUCAAGCUUCUGAUCUCGCAGCUGCACGAGCCGCUUCUCGUCUCUCAACUGAGCAUUUCCCGUUAGCUGCGUCUAAUGCAGCGAAUUGGAAUUGCCCUAAAUGUAGAGUUGAGUAUUCAAAAACCCUAAUCCCUAGUAAAUACUUAUGUUACUGUGGUAAAACACAAGACCCUGAUAGUGAUCCAUGGAUAUUACCACAUUCUUGUGGGGAAGUAUGUGAAAGACCAUUGAAAUAUGAAUGUGGGCAUUAUUGUUUGUUGUUGUGUCAUCCGGGACCGUGUCCGGCGUGUCCCAAACUAGUUAAGAAUCGUUGCUUUUGUGGUAAAAUUGAAGAUGUUAAACGUUGUGGGUUUAAAGAUUUUACAUGUAAUCGUGUUUGUGAAAAGAAAUUAGAUUGUGGGGUUCAUAGGUGUAAUGUGAUUUGUCAUCAAGGAUUAUGCCCACCUUGUAAAGCUAAGGGGGUUUAUAAAUGCCAAUGUGGGAAGUUUGAACAAGAGAGGGAGUGUUUUGAGAGGGACUUUAAGUGUGAGAAUGAAUGUGGAAAGUUGCUUGGGUGUGGAAAACAUGUUUGUGAACGAGGGUGUCAUGAGGGUAAGUGUGGUGGGUGUCCUUACCAAGGUAAGCGGUCGUGUCCUUGUGGGAAGAAGGUUUAUGAAGGAAUGCCUUGUGAUGCUGUGCUGCCAACGUGUGGGUCAACAUGUGAAAAGAUGCUGAGCUGUGGCAUUCAUCGAUGCCCGGAGCGAUGUCAUAAGGGUUCGUGUAAUGAGACUUGUAGAACUGUUAUUAUAAAGUCUUGCCGAUGUGGAAGCUUGAGGAAACAGGUUCCUUGCCAUCAAGCAUUAGCCUGUGAAAGAAAAUGCAACCGAGGACGAGAUUGUGGUCGGCAUGCAUGUAGGCGUCGUUGUUGUGAUGGGGAUUGUCCACCUUGUUCAGAGAUAUGUGACAGAAAGCUCCGUUGUAACAACCACAAAUGCCCUUCACCAUGUCACAGAGGUGCUUGUGCUCCUUGUCCAUUAAUGGUGACUAUAUCAUGUUCAUGCGGUGAAACACGAUUUGAGGUUCCUUGUGGGACUGAAAGAGAGCAAAAACCUCCUAAAUGUCCCAAACGAUGCAGCAUAUCCCCUUUGUGCAGGCAUGCACCAAAUCGUAAGCCUCAUAAAUGCCAUUAUGGAGCUUGCCCCCCUUGUCGUCUAGUUUGUGAAGAGGAAUAUCCUUGCGGGCAUAACUGUAAAUUAAGGUGCCAUGGUCCUGAACCUCCUCCAAACCCUGAGUUCACGUUAAAAUCAAAGAAAAAGAAGUCAAAUCGGAAACCUGAGUGCACACCUGGUACACCUUGCCCUCCUUGCCCAGAACUUGUUUGGAGGUCCUGCGUAGGGCAACACAUUGGAGCAAAGCAGAUGAUGGUCUGCUCAAAAGUAAAAGCAUUUUCAUGUCAAAACUUGUGUGGCAACCUUCUUGGCUGUACUAACCACUAUUGUACAAAACCUUGCCAUGCUUUAAAGAGCCAAACCUCGAUAGCAGAUCGAAGUGUAAGAACAGAGCCUUGUGAAGAAUGUCACCUCCCUUGCGAGAAGGAGAGAAAGCUCGCUUGCCCACAUCCUUGCCCUAUACCAUGUCAUCCUGGAGAUUGUUCUCCAUGCAAAACACUUAUCAAAAGGUCAUGCCAUUGUGGCGCCAUGGUUCAUGUUUUUGAAUGCACACGCUACAAUAGCUUGCCUGAAAAUGAACAACUGACAAUUCGUUCAUGUGCUGGACAUUGUCACAGAAAGUUACCCAACUGCUCACAUCUAUGCCCUGAGAAAUGUCAUCCUGGGCAAUGCCCAUCACCUGAAAAAUGCAGUAAAAAGGUCAAUGUUCGUUGUCGCUGUCAAAAUCUCAAAAAGGAGUGGCUGUGUCAAGAUGUUCAAGCUGCCUAUAUCUCCACUGGCUGCGAUCCCAAAGAUAUAUCUAAAAGUCAGUUCGGGAUUGGGUUACUUCCUUGUAAUUCUGAAUGUGCAAGUAAAGUAAAGGUUGUGGAAUCAGCCUUGCAGUUGCGUAAAUCUAAAGUUCCCGAGAGCAAAGUCACAGAUGCUGAACCGAAAGUGCCAAAGCGUAGGAAGAGACGUGAUCAAGUACAAGAAGCUACACAAGUUUCAAGACUGCAGAAAAUUAUAGCGACAGUGCGGUGGUUUUUCAUUUGUAUUUUAAUAUUGGUAGCUGUGGUAGCAGCUGCAUAUUAUGGUUACAAGGGUCUCCUGUGGCUCUCUGAUUGGAUGAACGAGGUUGAAGAAAGAAGACCACGUAAAAGAUUUCCAAAUAUCUGAUAACUUCAGAAUCACAGUGUCCUCAGAAUAAGAUUAAGUCUGCCAGAGGAUUUGCUUCGGCUAGUUGCUGCCUGCAGAAUAAUCAACCUUGUACAACAGAUUGCAUUAUCUUUAAUAAAAACUUCAACUACUAAUACACAGGAUUAGUUAUUUAUUAAUUAGUAUAAAAUGCAUUGAUUAUUGUUUUUCAUACAAACAUCACAGUAAGAAAAGCUGUCACAAGAGACGACAAGAGACCAUGUAUGUUGUUUAUAGCUGCAGGGCAGACUCCAGUGGUUGGCAUCAUGGUCCCCUUUUAGUGGACCCAUGUCCACCACCAUCAAUCAAUUCGAGCCAUCUGGGCAAUUAGUCUUUUUCAUGCUGA